GUUUGAAAUGAUAGAUUCAGCCAGGAACAAACUCCGAGUGAAAGCUGCUUAUGUGAUGAUGGCGGCCACAAUAGCGGCCUGUGGUGUGAUGGUGUUCAUGGGCAAACAGGCUUUAAGUAGAAAUGAGACGUUGACAGCUUACAACAUGGAGAAGAAAGCCAAGUGGAGAGAAGAACUCCAGAAGGAGAAUGCUGUUGCCCUGUCAGACAAAGCUCAGUAGGCGGGAUACUGCCGCUCAACAUCUGGUAUUAGAGUACCCUUCCUGCUGUGCUACCAGUCAGACGCAUUCAUUUAGUGUCUAAACUUUUGACUGGUAGUUUAUAUGCAUCACAAUAGUGGUCCUUGUAUUUUUUCUAACCAUAAGAUUAGCCUUAAAAACAGCUACGCUCAUGCUGUGGUUAAAAAUCUAAUACAUGAAGUCCUA